AUGGACUCAUUCUCUGCAGGGCCCAUAGUGUACUCAACAUUGGAAGCUGACGAGCUGUAUGAGAGCGCUGACGAUAGCGAAGGCGAAGGACCAGGUGAGGGAACCGCGGAGGCAGAAGAGGUCACCACGCAAGGACAUGAUCCCAAGAUGAGGAUUGUGAACUCACGUUUCAGGGUCUGGCAGCAAUCUGAAGGCAAAGAUUGUAGCAUCAUCAACGAGAUUUUUGACCGCCUGCAUGUACACUCUCACGAAGUGACCUUUGCUUCUUCCGUUCGUUGCCUGAAGAUGGAUUUUUCGAUAGUCGGCAUGCGAGGAGUUUACGAGCAGCGGUCCUGUGCGGACCCCUCUCCAACCUGGGAACUCUCUCAACGGAGCGGGCAAUUGGUACAAGUCCCCAACCUUAAAGCGACAUGGCUCCUGGACGAGGAGACCGUGCUCACAUGUUGCCACUAUGCUGGGGAGGCCACCGAGAGUUGGGUGGACGAAAAGCGACUGGCAGAGCGAUUCGGUUCAGAAACCUUGGAGCGUAUGGGUGGCCUGAGCGUGCUUCUCGAGUUGAUCGGCCUGAUCUGUGCCGACGCCGGCGCCGGCUAUGCGGCCCAGCUUCCAUUCGGUCUGCCCGAGGGUGUCGUGUACCUGCGGGAGGAGCAGGAGGCGGCAUCCUUGCCAAGCAUGCAACGUGCGGAAAGCCCAGAACUGAACUCUAGGAUGUCGAAGACCGCUGAUACCGUGGUCAUCGCAGCCCAAGAGCUGCAAGAUGCGGGACCGGAUUUGCAUCGGGUCGUCCUUCCUCUCCUGCAAGGUGGUCUGAUGAAUGGCCAUCUUCUGGAUCCUCUUGUGCUCACGAAGGACUUCGAGGACUCGCUGCAUCGCUACGGUGCAUCGAACGAGCGCCUCGAGCAGCUGUUACAAGAAGAGAAGGAGGCGCUGGAGAGCGUGUCACCGGAGGACGUACUGGCCGGGCUGCGGCCCAUGGUGCUCCAGGGCAUGAUGGUACUCUGUAGCUACCACCGCCUAGAUCAAGACAGUUGGUACACCGCUGUGUCCGUAAUCGACUCCUACCUGGCCAAAGCUGGAGAACUUGACAUCAGCAAGCUGCCCCUGACCUGCGUCGCCGUGGUGAGGUUGGUGAAGAAGUUCCACGGCAACGUCGCCGACCAAUUUGGCUCCACCUCUGCUCAGUGGCUCGACGGAGCCCGGCAGCUGGCCAAAGCGAUGCAAGACCAAGGCCACCAAAUGGAGAGCCUGGAGUUUACCGAAAUCAUGCUCAGUCAGCAUGAGAUUGACAUCCUCGAGGUCCUGCAGUGGCAGAUCGACGCUCCGCUCCUGCAGCAGUGGCUCUCCACGUACUGCCAGCGCUUCAACAUCUUAACCGAUCACAAGCACGAGACGGCCGUUUCGUGGGCUGGGGCCCCGCAGCGACGUGGCCGCGUCGCCAGCCAGGUCAAGACCCGGGCCAUGUACUUCGCUCGCCUGCUCCUCUUCGUGGAGGCAAACUCCUCCCGGAGCCCGCCUCGAGAGUUCGCCCUCGGCUUGUUCUGCCUCGGCCUGGUGUGGAGCCAGCUGGUUCCCGCAGACGGUCUUCGUCCAGAGAAGGUCCCGUCAGCCUACUGGGUCGCCGGCUUUCAGGAGCUCAGCCAGCGGCACCGGGUGCAGACGAUGUCGCCGCUAUUCGGAGCAUCCCUCUUCCCGCUGAUUCAGGCGACCACGGCUUCCAGCAGCUGCGAGCUGAAAGAGGCCACCCACCGGGCACUUGUAAAAAUUUUGGUCCUGGGUGCCCAGCAUCCAGCUUUAUUGAUGCUAGCGACAGCUUAG